GAGGAAGCGGCGCCGUUUGAGAGACUGUGUGGCGGUUCAGCGGCUCAGUGUAACUCACCCUCCUCAUCUGGAACAUCUGUUUCUUCCUCUGUGUGCGCGCCGCUGGAGCUCAGAGCAGAACCCUGGGUGUGUAUCGGUUCUCUGGCUGUAUCUCUUGAAAUGGCUGCUGAGGUGAAUGGCAGCUCUGCUCCUGUUAAAGAAGAGGAAGAGCCCAUGGAUGUCUCGGCCGGACACUCCGAACACUACCAGGCUCUUGUUGAUGCUGGGCUUCCACAGAAAGUAGCAGAGAGCUUGGACAACAUCUUUCAGUCUGGACUGGUGGCAUUUGUUGACCUGGACGAGAGGGCAUUGGACGCUCUGCGAGAGUUUAAUGAAGAUGGAGCUCUGUCUGUACUGCAGCAGUUUAAAGAGAGUGACCUGUCCCAUGUCCAAAACAAGAGUGCUUUCCUGUGUGGUGUUAUGAAGACGUACAGACAGAGGGGAAAGCAUGGCAACAAAAUACAAGACACUACAAAAGGGCCAGAUGAGACUAAAAUAAAGGCAUUGCUGGACAGGACUGGCUACACUCUGGAUGUAACUACAGGCCAAAGGAAAUAUGGUGGUCCACCUCCAGAGGAAGUGUUUUCGGGCACACAGCCAGGCAUCGGCACAGAGGUGUUUGUAGGAAAGAUUCCCCGGGACUUGUAUGAAGAUGAGUUAGUUCCUCUGUUCGAGAAAGCCGGGCCAAUUUGGGACCUGAGGUUAAUGAUGGACCCUCUGUCUGGACAGAAUCGUGGCUAUGCCUUUAUCACUUUUUGCAACAAAGAGGCUGCUCAGGAGGCUGUCAAACUGUGUGAUGAUUAUGAGAUCCGACCAGGGAAGUUUUUGGGAGUCUGCAUUUCCGUGGCCAACAACCGCCUGUUUGUGGGAUCCAUUCCUAAGAACAAGACCAGGGACAGCAUCCUGGAAGACUUUGGCAAAGUGACAGAGGGUCUGCAGGAAGUGAUUCUGUACACACAGGCAGACGAUAAGAAGAAGAACAGGGGUUUUUGCUUUCUGGAGUACGAGGAUCACAAAUCGGCAGCGCAGGCUCGUCGCCGCCUAAUGAGUGGCAAAGUGAAGGUGUGGGGCAACCCAGUCACAGUAGAGUGGGCUGAUCCUGUUGCCGAACCUGACCCCGAAAUUAUGGCCAAGGUUAAGGUAUUGUUUGUCCGUAAACUAGCUACUUCUGUCACAGAGGAGAUGCUGGAGAGUUCUUUCUCCCAGUUUGGGAAGCUGGAGCGUGUUAAGAAACUGAAAGACUAUGCAUUUGUCCACUUUGAGGAGCGUGACGCUGCUGUAAAGGCUAUGGAAGAAAUGAAUGGCAAAGAGUUGGGCGGAGAGAAAAUCGAAAUAGUUUUGGCCAAGCCUCCAGACAAGAAGAAGAAGGAGCGACAAACUGCCCGGCAGACCAGCAGAAACACAGGGUACGAUGAAUAUUAUUACUACCCCCCACCACGCAUGCCGCCUCCAAGCCGCACCCGUGGGCGAAGUGGCCGCGGUGGCUAUGCUUACCCGCCCGAUUACUACGGCUAUGAAGAAUACUACGACGACUACUACGGCUAUGAUUACCUUGACUACCGUGGUGGCUAUGAAGAUCCCUACUACGGCUACGAAGACAUGUAUCCAGUAAGAGGGCGCGGGGGUCGGGGAAGCCGUGUUGCUCCUCCUCCCAGAGCACGCGGGGCUCCACCGGCUCGUGGCAGAGGUGUCUACACGCCGAGAGGAGGAGCCCCUAUGGGGCCAAGCCGGGGAGGACGCGGCGGAGGACGAGGCGGCCCCUUCCAGAUGCCCAGGGGCGGGCGUGGCAACAGGGGCGCCCGUGGCAAUCGCGGUGGCAACAUUGGUAGCAAAAGAAAGGCCGACGUGUUCAAUCAACCAGAUUCGAAACGCCGCCAGAUGACCAAUCAGCAGAACUGGGGGUCGCAGCCAAUCGCCCAGCAGCCGCUGCAGCAAGGGGGCGACUACUCCUACAACUACAGCAACGACGGCCUGGAGUUCUCCCAGGAUUCCUACGGGCAGCAGUGGAAGUAGAUCACUCGCGCAUCCACCCCAGAAAAGAACAUGUCUGACACAAAAAGGACACGUCCCAGAAUUGGCUUCACAAAUCCUGAUUGGCUGAAAGUACGUUUUGGCUGAAGACGAGAAUGUAUGCGUUCCUCCUUGUAACCCCCGAUUGGUUUGCUCUCACACACACGAAUGACUGGAACAUUUUUUCUUAAAUCAUUUUCCACUUUUAUCCCUUCCAUUUGUUCUUUGUUUUAAAAGCAGGCAAUGAACAUUUUAAAGAAACGAGGACUUUUGACGUCUAAUACAAUAAUAAUAAUAAUGAUAAUAAAAAAACAAAAAAACAAGCAAAAAGUCUGAACAUCUUAAAUUUUUUGAAAUGGUCUUGAUGAAAGUUCAUGUCCAAACGCUCAACCCACAUGUCCCCCAUACUGUACACCCUCCUAAUACCUAUCCCCAUCUCCUCUUGCUGACUCUCUCUUUUUGUGAUUUCUGCUAGUAUCGUAGAGUCUUGCUUGUAAAUAAUGCUAAUCAGCUAGAGCUUCAGUUUCAUUUUUGUUUUCUUUCAAAAGUGGAGAUAAGAAUCCACUGGGAGAAAGAAAGAGAAAAGAAAACAAAGUUUUGUAGCUGGAACUAUUGUUACGUGUAUGUUAAGCAUUUCUUGAAGUAGCUGAAUUGUGUUUUUUAACACCUGAUAUAACAACAAACAUUUUUUUUUUCUUCUUUUUUUCUCGGAUUUUGCUCGGUAGGACUUGGUUUGGCUCACCUUAAGAGCCGUGACGGUUUGUUCUUUGAUGUUUGUAUUUAUGGCUUUUAUGUUUUUGAUUGGUUUCAAUAAAAACUCAUCAGAGCAACAGAAA